UCAUAUUACUUGUCUAAACGCAUUUAAUUUUCAAAACAGGGUCAUGCGCCAUAUAAAUGACACCUCAUCAGCUUAGUGUUUGGUGCUAUUGGAGUACUUGAAGAGAAGAAAAGAGAAGAGAAGCUGAAAGGAAGAUGGUGAGGGCUCCUUUCUAUGACAAAAAUGGAAUGAAGAAAGGUGCAUGGAGUCCGGAAGAAGAUCAUAAACUACGUUCUUAUAUAGAAAAAUUUGGUCAUUGGAACUGGCGUGAACUACCCAAGUAUGCUGGUCUUGAAAGGUGCGGAAAGAGUUGCAGAUUAAGGUGGAUGAAUUACCUGCGGCCUGAUGUAAAGCAUGGAAACUACACCGAAGAAGAAGAUGCUUUGAUCAUGAAAUUACACCAAGAAUACGGAAAUAGAUGGUCGAUGAUCGCUGCACGUUUGCCAGGAAGAACAGAUAAUGAAAUAAAAAACCAUUGGCACGCUCGUCUGAAGACUCGUGCGAAGCGAAAUCAAACAUCAUCUACAGAUUCUCAAAGUGAGUCCGCCCACAGUUGGGAAGGUGAAGGUGAAAGCAUGGUUAUUGAUACUCCCCCCAACAUGAUAUUAGAGAGUUCACGCUUGUCUCCAACAAUAUCAUCCUCUACUGAAUUCUCCUCCUUCAGCCCUCCCCCAAUUGACAGUGGAUAUACAUCCAACUUAAAUCUCAGUGGCGUUGCUGUAGAACCUCCUCCUUAUUCUUCUACAGAAAUAUAUGAAGAUCAAAGAGGCGGAGGAGAUUUCUGGAGUGAACCCUUUGUAGCAGACAACGUCUACAAUCAAGAUGGUUAUCCAUCAUCAUCCUUGGGUAGGGGUGGGUUUGAUAUGCCCUUGCCUUACGAUCACUUUUAUGAUGAUGAUUCCCCGGAUUUGCUUUUAUAUCAAAUGAUGCAAGGAUGGGUAUAAUUUUUAGGCUUAGACUUUGUUUUAUGGUAUGCCACCAUCAACUGCAUUGUAAGUUAAAUGAAUAACUAAAUUAUGCUAGCAAUUAAUGUUAACACCCAUGCUUCUUCCAUGUAAUAAUCAUAAAAUGAACUGAGAUAGUGGAUUCAUCA